AUGGCAAACGUCUACUAUCUCAACCAACAGCCCCACCCACUAUGGAACAUCCUUACGGAUUUUGGGGAGCACGGACUUCACAUGUUUUCUCAACAGACACCACAUGCCCAUGCUGAGCAUGUAAAUCGGCACCCUCACCACCGUCAACGGGCCCAAAACACCAGCCAACCCACCACACAGGAUUCGAAUAACCGCCCCUUACCCCGCCCCCGUGGGCUUGACGAAAAUACCCCUAGAGAAUCUGAGCAGGAGAACACCCGAGAUAUUCCGUUCCGCGGCCGAGGAUGUCGUCGUGGACGUGGCGGACCCUGGGGACAUCCUGCGCAGGAUGCCUGGGGACCUCAUCGCCGGCAGCGCCAUUGCAGACCAGGCGCUGGCUACCAAUCAACAGGAGCACCCCAUGAACUCCUCCAACAGUUCAUCAACAACUUCUCAAACCAAUUUGGCGUUGACGUCGGCGAGGUGUUCAACAUAAUCAACGGCACAGAUCCAAGAUCCGGAGACAAAGAAGUAGACUUCGUCCCCCGCGCCGACGUUUUUGAUGCAGAAACUAGAUACAUCAUCCAUGUUUCCCUCCCCGGCGCACAGAAGAAGGACAUUUCAGUCGAUUAUGACGCCGAGACUUCCACCCUCCGACUCGCAGGUGUGGUUUACCGUCCCGAGCUGGAUGAGGAACUCAGCAACGCCCUUAUCGUCGACGGGCGAUCCCGCGAAGUUGGCGUCUUUGAGCGGGAGAUCAGUCUAGGAUCCCGCGAUAAGCCUGCACGUGUCGACGCUGACAAUAUCAGUGCCAAGUUGGUUGAUGGCGUCCUCGUGCUAACUCUACCAAAAGUAGUCGCCGACAAGGACGCGUUUAGACGGAGAAUCUCGGUGGACCAGAUCAGGAAUGAGAAUGGUCGGGAGCCAGAGGGGGAGGAGGCGGGGAGUGCAGAUCCCAAUAAUGAGAAGGAGGAAGUUGCAGCUGAAUCCCAGGCUAUGCAGAUUGAUUCCGAGACUGAGGCAUCGGAGCAGGAGAGUGAGAGGUCUGGUAGACGAACGCCACCAAGUCCUAGUGUGCGUUCAGAGGAGGAGGAAGAGAGGGACUAUGUUGCCGUGGACGUCGAUUAG